AUGUUACCUACCGUGUUUCUCGCCCUCUCCGGCAGCAUCCUGCUCCCCCGCGCCCGAGCCGACGAAACACCUAUCCUCAGGAGCGUAGGCUCCCUGCUGUCCUCCAGGGGCUCAUUCUUCGGUCUCCCAAUCAACUUCGCCGCCGUCGGCGUAUCAUGCGGCGCCGGCAGUGUGGUGUGCAACGACCACUGCAUGCCCAUCGGCAGCAACUGCUGUCCCGUCGAGGGCUACUGCGAAGCUAACGCCUACUGCUCCGGGGACGGAUGUUGCCCGCGUGGUAAGGUGUGCUCCGGGCCUCCUGCGAAAUGCGGCGACAAGCAAGUGCAGUGCGGCCUCUACUGCAUGCCUGAGGGCAAGGUGUGUUGCUCGAAUGGCGAACACUGCGAUGCCGGCAAGACGUGCGUCCCGGGCGGCUGUUCCGACAAUGGUAGUGGAGAGUGCGAGGACGGAACGUUCGUCUGUGGCUCCAAGUGCAUCCCCUCCGGCAAGGUGUGCUGCUCAGAUGGAAGAUACUGCGAUGCCGGGGAGACGUGUACCCAGGAUGGUCUUUGUUCGAAGCCUGGCGGAAAUAGUACCAUUACCGGGUCUUGUGGUGCAGGAAAGGCCGCUUGCGGCACCAAAUGCAUGCCUCUUGGCGCAGUGUGUUGCUCCAGCGGAUACUGCAGCGCAGGCGAGACAUGCAACGGGAGCGGAUGCUGCCCGUCCGGCAAGGUAUGCUGCCCCACUGGGGGAUUCUGCGACGCUGGAGAGAUAUGCGCCGGAGAUGGAAAAUGCGGCAAGAACAGCAGUGACGACAAGCCGUGUGGUGCAGGACGCGCCGCUUGCGGGAAGGACUGCAUGCCUCUCGGCGCCGAGUGCUGCUCCGGGGGCGGGUACUGCGACGCCGGGAAGAAGUGCCACCUCGACGGCUGCUGCCCGAUUGGCAAGCGUGCCCCGGACGGCCGCCCGUACAACGACCUCGAGCAUACCACAGACCACGAGGGCCGCCCAGGAAACACCGCCGCCGAUGUCGCCGAGGACCACGUUUGCUGCCCUGGGAACGUCAUAUAG